GAAGCAGUGCUGAUGCUUGCUCAAGCUGCAUGUCUUGCCUCCCUUUGACAUUAAGGAGGAUCUUGACAGUCUGAGAGUAGCUGUCAGUUUGUCACAAGUUUGCCUUUUUCAACAAGCCCCUCUGAAUACAGGAAGGCAGGAAAGAAUCCUCUGAGAAUGUCGAGCUCACUGGUUGUGUGUGAAGUGGAUGAAAGUCUGAAAGAAAAACUGAAAAAGUUAAGAUUUCGAAAAGAGACCAGCAAUGCUGCCAUACUGAUGAAAAUAGACAUGGUGAAACAGCAUGUUAUCCUUGAAGAGGAAUAUGAGGACAUCUCGCUGGAAGACUUGAGAAAUGAACUUCCAGAGCGGCAACCCAGAUUCAUCGUCUACAGCUACAAAUAUGUCCAUGCUGAUGGGAGGGUGUCUUACCCUCUGUGUUUCAUCUUCUCUAGUCCAAUGGGAUGUAAGCCAGAGCAACAGAUGAUGUAUGCAGGCAGCAAGAAUCGACUGGUCCAAGUUGCAGAGCUGACAAAGGUCUUUGAAACAAGAAAUGCUGAUGACUUGACAGAAGAAUGGCUGAAGAACCAGCUGUCAUUUUUUAACUAAAUUUGGAUCUCCAAUACUUUUUUUUUUUGUUGAAACCUGACCAAUGCCCAUGGAUUUCAAUUAUUUAUUGUCAUGCAUGGAUAUCAAUCUUUUUAGACAUGAACAAUGCCCUCUUUUUCCCAAUACUCUGAAUAAAGCAUCAAGUAAACUGAU